GAAGAGGCAUUCAUCCCCUGGAACAAGCCCGGAGCGUCUCGAACGAUAGAGGUGUGUUGGGUGCGCGAGCCUACCGUCUAGGAUCAGCUCUCACAUUCGCCCCUCUGUUGGGAGCAUGAACAGAGGCCCUCACGGGUAAAGCUAACUUGUGUCCAGUCGCCUUCAGGAGGAACUGUAGUUUUAGCGUUAGCGCUAGUGUGAGGAGCGAUGUCCACCAGGAGGGGGGCGCCGGCGCCGGCCGUGGUUGGGAGCCACUUUGUCAAACAGUACUACGGCGAGGUUUUGUCCAAGAAGCCGGUGGAGUUGCACCGCUUCUACAAGGACGAGAGCACGUUCUGCCACGCGUCUGGCACCAAGGAAGAGGAGCCCGUAUCUGGCCUUGAGGAUAUCAAGGCUAAGAUUAAGCACCUCGGCCUUGGCGGCGCGACGGUUGAUCUCGGCUGCGGGUCCGUCGAUGCUCAGCCCUCCGAAGGAGGCGGAGUGCUCCUGAUGGUGACGGGCUCCAUCACCAUCGCCAACACGGACCCGCGGCAGUUCUGCCAGACGUUUUUCCUGGCUAGACAGCACCAGGACAACGACCGCCACAACUACUUCGUCCGCAACGACAUCUUCCGGUUUCUUGACGUCCUUCCGGAGGUUGUUCAGGCCGCCCUCAAGGCCCGCGACGAGGAAGACGGCUCCUCUGCCCUGGCCCCCGCUGAGGAAUCAUUGAAGCCAGAGUCUGUCGGCGAGGAGACGGUGGCGGCCGCGGUCACGCAGGUCCACGUGCGGGACACAUCGGCCCCUCAGCAGACUACCGCUUCCCCUGUGGCAACGGCGGCCGCGCCCGAAUCUUCCCCGCCUUCGAUGGCGGCGGGCGCCGCUCCCCCGUCCGAGUCUCAGGUUGCGGUUCCCGCUGACGCUGACGCCGGCGCCGCCACCGCUGCUGCGACCGCGGCUACGACUGCGACUGCGACCGCGCCUGCCGCGUUGGCAGGCUUGGACAACGGCUCGGCUGAUAGGACUCCAGCGGCGAAGGUGCCCCCCUCCCCGGUCGCCGCCAGCACCCCCGUGGAGUCCACCGAGAAGGCGGCGGCUGAGGCGGCUGAGGCGACCCCUCCUGCCUCCCCACUGCCGCCCGCGGCACCGGCUGCGCCCCCGGCUCCCAUGACCUACGCGUCUCUCGCCAAGUCUUGGGCCACGGUGGCGGCGGACAGCGGCAGCGGAGCGGGGGCAGCUGCGGCGGUGGGCGCCCCGGCUUCUGCCGCGUCGCCCAGCGGCAACGGUAACGGGAUCGCCACGAGUAACGGCGGGUGGGGUGCUCCGGAUCCGGCGGUGGCGGCGGCGGCGGCGGGGGCGGGGGCGGGGGCGGGGGCG